AAAACAUCGAAUACAUUUUAUUUUUCAAAUAAUAAAUACAGCUUAGAUAACUUUACAGAAACUUAGAAACUUGGACAAUUAGUCCAAGAAAAUGUUAAGGAUAUAAGGAAGUCCUUUUAGUGUGGCAUAUUUAAGUAAAUAAAUUUGGGCCAUUUUAAAGGGGAGAUGCAUGUAAUCAAUGGUCUAUAAACUAUUUGUAUUAGGAUGUAUUGAGAAUUCAGUGCUAUGAGGAGAAAACAACAGAUAAGGCUUGGUUUGGGUGUGAUAGCAACAUUUAUCCUACUGCUCAAUAUUAUCAGAAUUAAUAUUUCUGACCAUCCUGGAGCAAAGGUUUAUUAUAAUGACACAUACAAAACCUGUAAACCAAUUCACAAAAUAGGAUUCUUGAAGAUUCAUAAGUGUGCUAGUAGCUCAGUACAGAAUAUUAUACUGAGAUAUGCUCUGAAGAACCAGCUAAAUGUAGUUCUACCAACCCGGGGAAAUUAUUUAGGAAAUAUUAAAAACCCAUUUUCAAGGGAAAUGUUGCGAGGCACCCCCUGGGAAGAAGCUGAACUAGAAUAUGAUAUUUUCUGUCUUCACACUGUUUGGAACCAGAGUGAGGUUGAGAAAACCCUAGGGGAAGGAGCAUCUUAUGUAACCAUGAUUAGGGAUCCUGUUGAUAUAUUUGAAUCAGCCUGGGGGUAUGCACAAUUAUCAAACUUCUACAAGAUGGAUCUAGAAACAUUUGCUCUAUCUCCGAAAACAGGAUUAUUGGCAGAAGAGAACCCAACAAAAACAUUUGGACAAAACCAGAUCCUUCGUGAUUUUGGUUUACACCCUGACAACUUUACCAAUGGUUUAGCUGUUGAGGAGAAGAUUAAACAAAUAGAAGAUAAAUUUAAUCUCGUUCUUCUUGCAGAAAGGUUUCAAGAAUCCAUGAUUCUAAUGAAGAACGAACUGUGCUGGGAUUACAGGGAUGUAAUAAAUAUGAAGUUAAAUGCAAGACAAGAACUAAAGAAGACUAGCCUCAGUCCAAAAGCUAGAGAAGCUCUAGAGAAAUAUUUGAGCCAAGAUUAUCUAGUGUAUAAUCAUUUCAAGAAGAUAUUCGAGAAGAAAGUAGAAAUGUUUGGAAAGGAAAAAAUGGAAAAAGAGCUAAAUAUUCUUGAUCAUGCAAAUAAAAAUAUAAGGGAGGUGUGUUCACUGCAAGAGACUAAAAAUGAAAAUAUAUCUGGAGAAAAUAAACUGUGGGGAAAGGGUCUAGUCGCAUACCAGGUGGAUAUUGAUAAAAACCCCGUGUGUCGGUUUAUGGCAUUAUCAGAACUAAACUUUCUUCAAGUUAUGAGAGAGGAGCAGUCCCUUAGAGCAGAACCAAUUUUAAACCGUAGAAACAGAACAGAACAAGUUUUACGAAAAGAUUUCGGAAUUCAGGCAAAUCAAGCAGCGCUGUCUAAACUCAAACCUAGAGAUCUCGAGAGAAUAAAAGCAAUUCUAUCCCCAGCAUAGUUUUUGUCAAUGCUCACUUAUUGCGAAAAAGAAGGGGGUGAAGGGUAAUCCCCCCCCCCUCUCCAGUCUGCAAGGUACAGGAUUUGAGAAAACACUGUUUUUGAUAAGUAUUGCGCCCUCCUAAAACCCUCUGAGGCCAAAUUUAAAGAAUUUGAGCUGCGGCUUGAAUUUGAGACUCAAAUAUAGUUGGUUCCACUUAAAAUUGU